CAAUAAAAAGGAGAAGGAGCAGGAGCACUGGCAGAGUCCUGCAAGGAGCACAUCCCCAGCUACAUCAGCUGUCUGCCUGCUGCAGAAAUGGUACAAGCAACUGUCUUCCUCCUGGUGCUCGGCCUGGCCCUGGGGGCUCACAGCCUCUCUCCAAAAAAGUGCAACCUGAUCGGGCACUGGGUCAAUGACCUGGGCUCCACCAUGACCAUCUCGGCUGUGAAUAGAGACGGUGUCUUCUCUGGCUCCUACCUCACGGCUGUGACAGCCACCACAAAUGAGAUCAAAGUGUCACCACUGCAAGGAACUCUGCAACGCAAAAACCAGAAGGGCCAGCCCACCUUUGGCUUCACUGUCAACUGGACCUUUUCAGACUCCAUCACUGUUUUCACGGGACAAUGUUUCGUGGACAAGGAUGGAAAUGAGACUUUGAAGACCAUGUGGCUUCUGCGGUCACGCGUGGACAACAUUGAAAAUGACUGGAAAGCCACCAUGGUCGGCACCAACAUCUUCACCCGUGUGCAGUCACAGAAGGAGUGAGAAGGGCAGCAGGGGUGUUCCCAGGCCGGCAGCAACACUGCGGGGGAAGCCCAAACUCCUACCUCACCACUUUUUUCUCCCAAUAAAG